AUGGCAUUUUCUACUGCAUCACCGCCACCUACAUCAUUCUCGUCUGUUUCAAAGAGCAACAAAUCAAAACAAAACUCGCAAACGGCCAAUCUUGAUGCUGAUCAAUUACGGUCUCGACAUUUAUACAAUUUGAUCCACGCAACAUCUACAACACCAUUGAAUAGGAUAUACUCACUACAAUUUGAUAGAAUCAAUAAUGUGAAUAGAUUUGCUGCUACUAAUAGUGCAAGUAAAACCACUUCAGCUGGAACUCCUCACCCUCACCCUCACCCUCACCCUCCACCGCCAUCUUCAUCGCAAUUACUUAGUCAUAAAAUAUGUCAUGCUUGUGGUGUGCUUUUCAUUCCUGGUCUUAACGUGUCUAUACGGAUCAAAUAUGGAAAUAACAAAUCCAAUAGGAAAAAGAGAAAAAAGAAGACUGAAAUUGGGACCUCCAAUGACGGAGAGAAUGAGACGGGCCCUGAGUCGACGAGGACCUCUGACUGUGGCAUUUACAGCAGGAAAUUGAGAUUUAAAUGCUUGAGCUGUGGUGACAAGACCUAUGAAUCAUUGCUUGAUGGCAGUGAAAAGAAACAACAAAAUGCACAGCAACAACAGCAAAGACGCGCUACUGCUACUCAUGAAAUAGCAAAGACGCCAAAACCUUCAUCGCUCAAUACCGCAGCCGCAGCCGCAGCCACUCCACAACCGGUGCAAACAUCUACAACAGCCACAAAUUUGCAACUGGAGAUAUCUCCCCCAUCAACCUCAGAUUCAAGUUUCCAUACUGCAUUCACUUCCCCGUCUGCACAACCACCAACAGAGCAGCAGCAGCAACAGCAACAGCAACAGCAGCAGCAGCCACUGACACAACAACCCAUCAACGUCAACGCCAAGAACAAAUCAGCUAAACAACGGGCUAAAAAGAGGAAAGCAGAGUUGACUUUACUAUCCAGUUUGAAACAACGCAAAACUGACCAGUCAUUGUUGUCCUCUUCUUCUUCUUCGGCGGCUUCAUCAUCGUCUAAAUUAGAUUCUUUAAACUUGUCAGAUUUCCUCAAGUAA